AUGUCCUCUUCUAAAAAGAAAUCUUCUAACCCAGUUGUGAACCUGGUGGCUGGUGGUACUGCCGGUCUGUUUGAAGCUCUGUGUUGUCAUCCACUAGAUACUAUAAAGGUGCGGAUGCAAAUUUACAAGAGACAGGCGGCACCCGCUGCUGCUGCAGUUGCAAGCAUGGCUGGCGGUGCUGGAGGUGCUGCAACUGCUACUGUCGGUGGUGGUGAUGCCACUGCCGCUAUUAAGCCACCUGGAUUCAUUAGAACCGGUAGAAACAUAUAUGCGCAAGAAGGGUUUUUGGCCCUAUAUAAAGGUCUAGGGGCCGUUGUCAUCGGUAUUAUCCCAAAGAUGGCCAUCAGAUUUUCUUCCUAUGAGUUUUACAGAACUCUGCUGGCUGACAAACAAACAGGUGUUGUUUCCACAAGUAACACUUUCAUCGCAGGUGUAGGUGCUGGUGUCACUGAAGCUGUCUUGGUUGUUAACCCUAUGGAAGUUGUUAAGAUUAGACUGCAGGCUCAGCACUUAAACCCUAACCAUGACUUGGCCAAACCAAAAUAUACAAAUGCCGUUCAAGCAGGUUACACUAUCAUUAAGGAGGAAGGUAUCUCUGCUCUAUACAGAGGUGUUUCUUUAACUGCUGCCAGACAAGCCACAAACCAAGGUGCUAACUUUACUGUUUACUCAAAGUUGAGAGAGUUCCUACAGGAAUACCACGGUACCGAAACAUUACCAUCUUGGGAAACAUCCUGUAUCGGUUUGAUCUCUGGUGCUAUUGGUCCAUUUUCAAAUGCUCCACUGGACACUAUCAAGACUAGACUACAAAAGGAUAAGUCUACUAGCUUCAAAGGUGAAUCUGGAUGGAAGAGAAUUGCUCACAUUGGUACUCAAUUGUUAAAGGAAGAAGGUUUCAGAGCUCUUUACAAAGGUAUUACCCCAAGAGUGAUGAGAGUUGCUCCAGGUCAAGCCGUUACAUUCACAGUAUACGAGUUUGUCAGAAGACACCUGGAGAACCUGGGCGUCUUCAGUAAACCUACACCAAAACCAAAGAAGUUGAACUGA